AGACCGGUGGAUGCACGAUUUACUGCAAUUGAAUACUGCUGCAUUGAAUAUCUUCAUCUUACUGUUGUCUACUUGAGCUGUGGCGUAAUUCGCGCAGAUCGGACUAGAUCAACCUCACCAGAUGCUCGAGACGACCUACGACCUCCACCCAGCGACCUAAUCAAUUCAUCUCCCAUCUCCUCCAAACAACUACGACAAACAACGACGAGACAGAAGGCAUGUCGUCCUCAGCCGGUACUCCAUUCUCACACCGCACGCCAGGCACUUCUACAAAGACCUACGGCCGCAAGAGUCGUAUCCCCGCGACACCGAUCGAGCGCGCGUCACCUGUCAAGCGAAAGCCAGAGGGCGACGUGGACACACAAUCCUUACAGUCGGCAGACAAGUCAGAAGAUGCAGCGGCGGCAGAGGCAUUGACCUCGCCCAGAUCUUUGGGCCUCAGCGGGUGGAUUUCAAAGAUUGGAAGUGUGGCUCGAUCCCCGUUUUCUGCCCUUUCGAGACGCAAGUCGAUUGACUCGACCGCCUCGCCUAUACCGUUAAACUGGGGUCCUGCAUUGGCGUCUUCUUCUGCGUCUGAUACCCCAGGCUCCUUGAAACGCAGACGCGCCGACGCUGAAGAAACAACCGACAACAACGACGUCGCCCGCACGAUCAAACGACCGAGGACUCCAAAACAAGUAGUCGCAUCAGUCAGGUCAAACAGUCAACUCAAGAAGACCGACGACCCAUUCGCCUUUGACGACACAAACGAGGUCGAGAUCGACAGUACCGCCAGCGCGCGACGAACUCGGUCUACGCCGCAGAAAGGCGCGCAGGUGAAGAAGCCGCGGCGAGUGGUGAAGGAGACUGUACAGGCCGAUCCGAGCGACGAUGAGGAUACGAUUAGGGUGGCGUACAGGAGCUCUGAUUCUGUGUCUAAAUCCCGUGGAAGAAAAGCAAAGGCAGAAAAGAGCGCUGCGGAACCAAGCGACGAUGAAGAUACGAUAAGGGUAGCAUACAAAAGCCCUGUUACUACGUCCAAGCCCCGUGGAAGAAAAGCACAGACAGAAAAAAGCGCCGCGGAACCAAGCGACGAUGAAGACACAAUAAGGGUAUCAUACAAAAGCCCUGAUGCUACGUCUAAAUCCCGUGGAAGAAAAUCACAGACAGAAAAAAGCGCUACAGAACCAAGCGACGACGAAGACACGAUAAGGGUAGCAUACAAAAGCCAUGAUACUACGCCCAAGUCCCGCGGAAGAAAAGCACAGGCUAAUAAGACUGCGGAACCCAGUCCGUCUGGAAAACAAAAGACGCCUAAAGGGGUCCCUCGCACUGUCGUUGGAAAGAAACGGGGAAGGUCUACGCCGCGGUCUACGACUCCGGAGAUUGUGCCAACUCCGGCUGUCCAAGAGACGAAACGAAGGUCGCCGGUACGAAACAGAGCGCUUUCUUCAAAAUCGACUGCUGCGCCUACAGAACAAUCACAGCAGCAACCUACUUCUACACAGAAAUCAAAAGAGCAACAUGUUUCAGAACCAUUUGAACAAUCUCCCGCCGCAUCCAACCACAGCCCAUCACCAGAACCUCUCCCAAAAUCCCCAGCCAUAAGACGGCCGAUCUCCCCUCCCCCUCUCGAAGACCUCGAGUUCGACACCCCCGAGGAGCCCCCCAAAACACCAACCAUCGCCGGCGGCCGCACGACCGAACCCUCACCGCGACUGACGUCGCGACAGAGCGAGGCUUGGGAUAUGCUCGAUCAGACGUCGGAAAGUAUUCGGAAACGAAGCAGUCCGGUGCGGAAAGGCGUCGACGGCGAGACCGUGAGCGGGUCUGGCAACAAGCUUUUCAGGAUGCUGGCGGCGAAGAAGGACGCGGGGCCGAAGCAGAAGACGUUGAUGACGAGGUCGUUUGAGGAGAUUAAGAAGGAUUCUGAGAGAUCGGACGGGCAGGAGAAGGGUGCAGGUGGCGAUGCGGUCGAGUUGGGCUCGUCAUUGUCGCAAUCUAGUCAGCCGACUUAUGUGAUGGUGCGACCGGGCAAGCGCACGUACGGCUCAUACCGCAGCUAUAUCGACGACUCACCAGCGACGCAGACGCCGAGCGGUUCUCGGCCAGGUACGUUCAGCGAGAUGUCGGAAGCCGAGCUGCUGAGCGUGUCGCUGACGGGCAAGCCUGCGACCGGGACGCACUCUGAUAGCGAGCGAGAGUCAGACGACGAAGCGGAGAACGAGAAUAACGACUCGAUCAGGGUGAAAUCUAUCCACGAACUGCGGGCGUCGGGAACGAACGCAAAGUUCAUGGAUGAUAUGGAGUAUCUGCUAGACGGUCUGCGACCGACCGCUUCUCUUUCCACGCAGAGAAUGACGUACCUUGAGUUAGCACUCAAGUUAACCGACAAUCAAUUCAUGCACAAAUUCAAGGCCGGAGGAUUUCUCACUCGUCUCGCGUCUGCGAUCUCGCAAACCCGAGCGUCGAAGGAUGCGGUCUCGAGCUUUGCGCUCUCGUACGUGCUGUGUAAUUUCUUGGGCGACGAGGGAAUUAUGCGGAGUUUGGUUAGUGAGGCCGGGGUGGUUGAGUUUUUGGUUGAGUUUGUGGGCGAUGGCGAGGAUGUUUUGAAGGUUGCGACGAGGGCGGGGUCUGGGGUUUCAAAAAUUUCGCAGUCGAUGCUGCGAGAACUGCGGACGGAGAUCAUCAAAUCGAUCCCGUCGACAGUCAAACCUUCGAGUAUAUCCCGGCGGCUGAUAGCAUUAACCGGCCUGCUAGAGUUGACGGACUCGUAUUUCCAAUUCGACUUUGUGCGGACAGCGUUUGCCGAGAGCAAAAUGCGCGAUCGGGUUAUAGACGCGCUUGCGGAGUUAGUCAAGCCGAAACAAGGGCUGGAAUUUCACGAUAUCGCGCUCUGUCUGUCAGUCCUAGAGAACUCGGCAGAGUUAGCAGCUAAACAAGACAGUGGCGAGCCAGUGGAAUCCGAGACGCUGACGACGGCGACAGCGCGGCUGCUGGGUCUUCUUCCGAAGCUUGAGGCGACACCGCAGGAAGCGGUUGUGGUCGCGAUUCUCAAGUUUGCGAUUCUGAUGACGAAUAGUGGGAGUACGGCUGUAUGCCUUGCGCUCGGCACGGACGAGACGGUGGCGUAUGCGAACCGGUGCGUCGAGCGGGCGGUCUGUGCUGAGCAGGGCGAUGGAGCGGAGACGGAGGAGUAUGGGUUGGCGGCGAAUGUUGCGGUGUUUUCGAUUGGAUUGCUUGUGAAUCUGUGCGAGAGCAAAGAGUCGCGGGACGUGAUUUCGAAACCGGAGCACUUGCGCAAGCUCGUGUCGCUCUUUGAAAAAACCUCGCCGGCAGAAAACCAGGCAAACUACAUGGACGACAUCAGAGGAUAUCUUGCGCUCGUGCUCGCGCUUGCGCCGCGAGAGAAAGUGAAGGCGGAGGGCGGGGCGGGGUUGUUGAGCGCGGUGGGCAGCGCGCUGGAGGUGUUUAAGGAGAGCACGGCGCAGAUGCAGGAGGAUGUUGGGAUGAGCGCGGGAGCGGGUGCGGGGAGGGGGAUGGUGGCGAAGAUUACGAGUGUGUUGAGUGGGCUUUACGAGUAGUUCAUAGUUGAAUAUAGAGAUCAAUUAUA